AUGAGGAUCAGUCCUAAGCCUCACAGCCAGUGGGAGAUGGAAGUCCCAGUGCUGAGGAUUAGCAGGCAGACAUUGGUCUACCACAAAAGGCUUAUUAGCUUCCACAAGGCUGCUGCAAAGAUGAACCGACCUUUGUGGAAAAAGAAGGAAGUGCUGGUGAAGCUCAAAAAGGACCCAAACACCCAGGAAGUUCUUGCCAUCCAUAACUUCCAUUAUUCCCUGGGCAAUGAUGUCAGUCAAAAUAAGGAUCAUCCCAAGAGAAGCAAGCAGGAUUGGGACCCUUUCAGCAGUCUGCAUCCAUUGCGUCGCACAAAACGGAGAUGGGUCAUUACCACUCUUGAACUUGAAGAAGAAGACCAUGGCCCAUUCCCCAAACUGAUUGGAGAGCUCUUCAAUAAUAUAUCCCAAGAUGCAUCCAUGAAAUAUUCAAUUCAGGGACCGGGUGUGGAUGAAUAUCCAGAGGUUGGAUUGUUUUCUAUCAAGGAUGAUGCCAGCGGACAUGUAUAUGUGCAUCGCUCUAUAGAUCGAGAGAAGACGUCCUCUUUUACAAUACGUUUUGAUGUUCAUGAUAGAACGACUGGAGCAAUACUAGACAAUUCCUUGUUCUUCAAUGUUCAGAUUGAGGAUAUUAAUGACAACGCUCCUGAAUUUCUCCAAAAGGAAUUUAACAUUAGCGUGAAAGAAAAUCACAACAAAAGUGAACCUGUUUUCAGUGUCACAGCAGUGGAUAAGGACCAAAAAGGCACUGCAAAUUCUGAAGUGGUAUUUUGUCUGGUUUCACAAGUACCUCAUCUAAAGCCUCCUCUCUUCACUAUUGAUUCCUCUAGUGGCUUAAUACGCAUUGCGCAAUGCUUGGAUUAUGAGGCUGAUAGGACUUUCAGACUUCUCAUCAGGGCUUCAGACCGUGGAUCCCCAUCCUUGUCAUCAACUGCAACAAUCAAUAUUGCUGUGGAAGAUUCUAACAACAAUUUGCCUGUAUUCACCCAAGAAAAUUAUCAUGCAGAUGUCCCAGAAGGUAGAACCAAACACGAUAUCCUUCGCCUCAAGGUGGAAGAUAAAGAUAAUCCUAAUACACCUGCUUGGAGAGCCAAGUAUACGAUAAAGGCGGGAAAUGAAAGAGGAAACUUUGCCAUUGUGACGGAUCCUAAAACUAACGCAGGUGUUCUAAGCGUCGUCCAGCCUUUGGUCUAUGGUAGACCUUCUGUGAGGAGACUCGUCAUUGUCGUGGAGAACGAAGAGUCCUUCUUUUCCUGUAAGAGAGUCUUAGAGAGCAUCAUUGCUCCUCCACGAUUGUCUGAAGUGUCAGUGAACAUUAAUGUCACUGAUCAAAACGAUGCCCCUCAGUUCGAUCCUCCAAUUCUUAUUCUUCACCGCCAAGAAGGGAUGGUGCCUGGAACCAGACUUGUGCAAUAUGUAGCUCAGGAUCCAGACGCAGCACAACACAGGAUAAGAUACCAAAUAGUGUCUGAUCCAGGUGGUUGGGUGAUGAUCAAUGAAAAUUCUGGAAAUGUGACAACUGCCAAAACUCUUGAUAGAGAGUCCCCGUUGAUGAACAACAGCACAUACAGCAUUGUGAUUCAUGCCAUCGAUGAUGGUAUUCCACCAUUAACCGGCACAGGUACCAUCCAACUGCACCUCUCUGACCUUAAUGACAAUGCUCCAAUGCUAGUUACACCAUACUUGGUAGUCUGUGAUGGAAAAGAAAAGGGUCCUUUCCAUAUACAAGCUGAGGACAAAGAUUCCUAUCCAUAUGCAGAACCCUUUACGUUCCAAUUGGAAGAAGCUUUGGAGGGUACCGAAAAUCGCUGGAGACUAGGAGAGAGCUCUGGUAAUUCUGUUGACCUUUUUAUGCUGAAAAGCCUCCCUCCUGGCAAUUACUUGGUGCCUCUCCGUAUACAAGACUUGCAAGGGUUUUCCAGGCAACAGAGUCUGCAUGUCAGGAUAUGUUCUUGUCUGGAUGGCAUCACAUGUGAGCCACCCCUUGAAUGGGCAGCUGCAUCACUGGGUCUCAGUGGGGGAGCAAUUGGCACGAUCGUGGCUGCGUUUCUAUUAUUGAUAUUGGGCCUGCCUCUCCUGCUGUGGUGUUCCUGCAUCUCAGAAGUGGAUAAUGGCCCUGCCUUCAUUCCAUAUGAAGCAGGCAACCAAUCCCUGAUUCACUACAAUGUGGAGAGUCAACAUGUUUUGUCUCAGGAUACACCUGACUUGUGGAACCAUGCAAAACCAUCCUCAGUGUAUGCAAACAUUUUGAACGAAAAACCACCAGUUCAAGAGCUGGAAACCUUGAAUUAUCAGAACGUUAAAAUACGCAGGAAAAAUCCACAUGAGACAUUUUUGGAAACAGCGGCUGUUGUCUUGAAACAAAAAUGUGAUGACAUGACCACCCUGGAGGACAAUAUAGUUUCUUAUAUGCCUCAUGUUUAUGCGGAGGAAGGAAUACUGGAGAAAAGCGAAUCUUUAUGGACCCUUUCUGUUCCAGAAGAUGACAAAAACAGCCUGCCUGAGGAUUUCCUGGGUGGCUUGGAACCCAGAUUUAUUUCUCUUGGAAAAAUAUGCAGUAAAUGAUGAUAGCUUUUGGCCUGUGCUUAGCUAGGAGUUUUCUAAAUUAAUUUGCCAUGGGACUUUUUUAUAUGAUA